UCAGUCUAGGCAGAGGAGGCAGGAGGCACUGGGGUGGGCUAGUCGCCUGGGCUGGGGAUGCCUGGGCAGAUGUGGAAGCGGCUGGAAAGGUGGCAGUGUACUUGGGUUGCUGGCGCUGCGCUGUUCCUAGGAGACGGAGGAGCAGCAAGCCUGUGGGGGAGGGGGAGCAAGUGGGUUGCUGCUUUUAGCAGCUGAAAGGGCUGCAGGGAGCUCUGGGUAAGACAUUUUCUGCUGCUGCUGCUUCUGCGGUAGAAGCUGCCGCGAGUAAGUCAGAGGAAGGAGGAUCAAGAGGGGAGGAGGCUUCAUUUGCAGCCAUGCUGAAUCACUGUUGCUGAUCAGAUCUCCCGCUGGUUGGCUGGGAGAAACGAGAACAGGGCUAGGAUCCUCCAGUGCAUGCACAGCUCAGCGGCUGCCACCCUGGCUGGGCCUCACACAAUGGACGGUGAAAGCAUCAAGCUGAGCUCCCAGCCCCCAAUACAGGCUGGGGAUGACGAAAAGAACCAGAGGACGAUUACUGUCAACCCUGCCCACAUGGGGAAGGCGUUCAAGGUUAUGAAUGAACUGCGGAGGUACUUUUCCUAUUUUGCUCGUGCCCUUUUGGAAGGAACUUGCUGGCAAACAGCUAUUGUGUGACGUGGUAAUUGUGGCAGAAGAUGUUGAGAUAGAAGCCCACCGUGUGGUCCUGGCAGCCUGCAGCCCCUACUUCUGUGCGAUGUUCACAGGUGACAUGUCUGAGAGUAAAGCCAAGAAGAUAGAAAUCAAGGAUGUGGAUGGGCAGACCCUGAGUAAGCUGAUUGACUACAUCUAUACGGCCGAGAUUGAGGUGACUGAAGAGAACGUCCAGGUGCUGCUCCCAGCAGCCAGCUUGCUGCAGCUCAUGGAUGUUCGCCAGAACUGCUGUGACUUCCUGCAAUCUCAGUUGCAUCCCACCAAUUGCCUGGGUAUCCGCGCGUUUGCAGACGUGCACACCUGUACCGACCUCCUGCAGCAGGCCAACGCUUAUGCAGAGCAGCACUUUCCAGAGGUGAUGCUGGGGGAAGAAUUUCUUAGCCUAAGUCUGGACCAGGUGUGCAGCUUGAUAUCCAGUGACAAGCUGACCGUUUCUUCAGAAGAGAAGGUAUUUGAAGCUGUGAUUUCAUGGAUCAAUUAUGAGAAAGAAACCCGUUUAGAGCACAUGGCAAAGCUGAUGGAACACGUCCGUCUCCCUCUCUUACCGAGGGAUUACCUUGUCCAGACAGUUGAAGAAGAAGCUUUGAUAAAGAAUAACAACACCUGUAAGGACUUCCUCAUCGAGGCCAUGAAAUAUCAUCUUCUCCCUCUGGAUCAGAGGCUCUUGAUUAAAAACCCAAGGACGAAGCCCAGGACUCCAGUUAGCCUGCCCAAGGUCAUGAUCGUGGUUGGCGGCCAGGCACCCAAGGCCAUCCGCAGUGUGGAGUGCUAUGAUUUUGAGGAGGACCGGUGGGAUCAGAUUGCUGAGCUCCCCUCCAGGAGAUGCAGAGCAGGUGUGGUGUUCAUGGCUGGCCACGUGUACGCUGUGGGCGGGUUCAAUGGUUCACUGCGUGUGCGGACAGUGGACGUGUAUGACGGGGUGAAGGACCAGUGGACGUCCAUCGCCAGCAUGCAGGAGCGCCGGAGCACGCUGGGAGCAGCUGUGCUCAACGACCUGCUCUACGCCGUCGGGGGCUUUGAUGGCAGUACUGGCCUGGCGUCAGUGGAAGCCUAUAGCUACAAGACCAACGAGUGGUUCUUCGUGGCCCCAAUGAACACACGGCGGAGCAGUGUGGGUGUGGGUGUCGUAGAGGGGAAGCUAUAUGCCGUUGGGGGUUAUGAUGGGGCUUCCCGCCAGUGCCUGAGCACCGUGGAGCAGUACAACCCAGCGACCAAUGAGUGGACAUACGUGGCAGACAUGAGCACUCGUCGCAGCGGCGCAGGCGUUGGGGUCCUCAGCGGGCAGCUGUAUGCCACAGGGGGGCAUGAUGGGCCCUUGGUGAGGAAGAGUGUCGAGGUUUACGAUCCUGGAACAAACACCUGGAAGCAGGUGGCAGACAUGAACAUGUGCCGGCGCAAUGCAGGGGUCUGUGCAGUGAAUGGGCUCCUGUAUGUGGUUGGAGGGGAUGAUGGAUCCUGUAACCUGGCUUCGGUGGAGUACUACAAUCCUGUCGCUGACAAGUGGACGCUGCUGCCAAGCAACAUGAGCACAGGGCGGAGCUAUGCAGGUGUUGCUGUGAUUCACAAGCCCUUGUGACCCCAACUCCCGCUGCCAGGAGGUGGAGGAAGGGAGGGGUGCUGCCUGUGACUUGGCACGGUGGGACCACCACGCUGGCUGGGUGCCACUCGCUGCCGGAGUCUGCAGAGGAGCGGGGACCGCCCUCCUCCAACUUGGCAGUGUCGUCAGGGUGGGAAGACAGUGACCCACCUCCUGCUCCCGCAAGGUGUUUCGUCCUCUGCCCUGAGCAAUGGGUUCCUGAUAGCUCCGGCUGCACCUUUGAACGUUCUUUUGUGUGUUUCUACAGGGACAUCAGAGAACCUGGAACCUGUGUGUGUGUGUGUGUGUGUGUGUGUGUGUGUGUGUGUGUGCAGAACGUGGUGAUUCACUAAAUUGGGGGGUGGUGAUGGUCUGCUCCAUUUCUAUACUACUGAUCCUUCCGCUAUGCUAAAAAUCAAAUCACAGAAACCUCUCUUACGGAUUUGCCCCAUGGGGACCUUGAGACUACUAGAGCUGUUGUCUACUGGAAGUGCAGUUGGACAUACCGGGAAUGUCCAGAAAUGACCAGGCCCAUGUACUGGCCUAGACUACUCGCAUUGUCUGCAGAAGAGUGGGGUGUUCUCGAAGCUGCCCCGUGUCCUCUGUGUGCUAGAACUAGGACCACAGGUUCUCUAGCCCCUCAGCUGGGUGCUCUUCCUUGGGCUCUUCUCCUGGAACUUCUUAUCAGAACUGCCCAGUCUCUGGGCUACUGGUCUUUGAGGUCAAGGAUUCCAGGUUUGGGAGAUUUCAUGUCUCUUCAGCUGGGAAAACUAGCUCUUCAGAGAAGCACUGAGUAACACACUGGAGGAAAAAAAUACAUGAAAAACAAAAACACAAGAAAACAAAGUGGUAAGGCUUCAGUCCUUGUCCAUAGUGGUCCCAGAGAGAAUCCUAGUUCUGGGUUUUCCUGGGAUAGGACAGUCCCUGUUUAUACUUAUUAUCCAGGUUUAAUUUUUCAGAGCAUCCCGUUUUACUCUCAAAAGUGUUCUGGUUUGGAGGCUAAGUAAAAGAUCACCACACCUCCAAACCCAAAGAUAGGUUUGUCCCUGCACUGGAUGGGGUCACAUGUGAUUUACAUGGACAUGGAUGAAUUCAAAGGGGUGUAUACUUGGCACCCUGGGCCUGGCCCUCGGCAGUCGGUCCAGUCUGUCUCACAUCCUUGUCUUCCUUUCCUUGUGCUCUUCCCCCAUUCCAGGCCUGUACUCUCUCGCCAAUCCUCAGAACUUCCCCCUCCUAUCUUCCCCCAUGAGGGAGGACAUGGUGGUGGGCCCUGAAUGUGUGAUCUCUCUCAGGAGUACUUGCAUUUUGAGAGAGGAGCUUGAAGAAAGCUUUGCUAAUUCACAGGUAAAAAUGAUUAAUGACACAUCUUCAGGCAUCCGGAGGAGGGUAUUUGAGGGCUCAGGGAGUCAUUUGCAUUUAAAAAAAAAAAAAAAGAAC